AUGGAGACGAAGAUCGACGACCUCAAGACGCAGCUGACAAAGCUCGAGUCGCCGGAGACGACGGGCUCCAACAAGGAGCGCAAGAAGCUCUACGUGGCCCUCGAGCUCUGCGCCGCCUACGCGUCGCUGGACCUGAAGCGCAGCGUCGUCCAGUACGCGGACCUGGGCGUCGACCUCGACGGCGAGUGCGUCGAGGCGCACUGCUACAAGGCCGAGGCGCUGCGGGGCAUGGCGGAGGGGAAGCCGAGCCACAAGGCCGUCCAGCGGUGCGCGCGGGCCGCGGACAAGGGCCUGAAGGCCUGCGAUCGCGUCGUCUCCCUCGAGGGCCUGUCCGGCUACCGCGCGCGCCUCGAGGCCUGCAAGGCCGCCGUCGCGGCGCUCGACGCGCCGCCGCCGCCGCCCGGAAGCGGCAAGCCCAAGAAGACGCGCGACGCGCCGCGCGAGGCCGCGAGCCGCGCGCCCGCGCCGCCGCGGAAGCUCGACGCGGCGCCGGCGCGGAGCGGCGCGCCGGCGCCCGCGGCGGCGCCGCCGACGACGGAGGCCGUGCGGACCGCGGGCGGCGCGCCGCUCUCGAAGUCCGCGUGGAACGUCAAAGAUACGUGGGAGGAGGUCGACGUGACGAGCUGGGCCGUCGAGCGCAUCGCCGAGCUCUUCAUGGGCACGCCCCUGCCGCUCUACGACGGCGACCUGCGCCUGCGGAUCUACGACGUGCGGCGCGUCGUCGGCCACGCGCAGGUCGUCAUCUUCCAGCGCAAGGUGCGGUCCAUCUUCGACCUCGAGGAGGUGGAGCUGAGCUGGGUCGCCGAGGACGGGGGCGAGGGCCAGUUCAAGGGCGCCGCGACGCUCCGGGGCUUCGCCAACUCCGCGGACGCGGGCGACCUCGAGAUCUCGACGAACUUCGCCUGCAAGACCGAGACGCACGAGGCCGUCAAGACCUUCCUGCGGAACGAGGGCGGCGCGCGGGCCCAGCUCGCCCAGCUCCUCGAGGACUUCGAGCGCGAGUUCACGCAGCUCACGGGCGACGGCGUCGCGCUCGCGCGGUCCUUCGAGAAGAGCGGCCGGCUCCGCGACCCCGCGGCGGAGGAGAACUCACCGGAGGUCCGCGAGGCCCGCCUCGCCGCGGCGAAGCGCCAGGCGUUCCAGGACGACAUGCGCAUCUCCAACCCGAAGCUCAAGGUGACCAUGUAG